AUGGACUACUCCUACCUCAAUUCGUACGACUCGUGCGUGGCGGCCAUGGAGGCGUCUGCCUACGGCGACUUCGGCGCCUGUAGCCAGCCUGGCGGCUUCCAAUACAGCCCCCUGCGGCCCGCCUUCCCCGCGGCGGGGCCACCCUGCCCCGCGCUCGGCUCUUCCAACUGCGCGCUUGGCGCCCUACGCGACCACCAGCCCGCGCCCUACUCGGCAGUGCCCUACAAGUUUUUCCCGGAGCCGUCUGGCCUGCACGAGAAGCGCAAGCAGCGGCGCAUCCGCACCACGUUCACCAGCGCUCAGCUCAAGGAGCUGGAGCGCGUCUUCGCCGAGACCCACUACCCCGACAUUUACACGCGCGAGGAGCUGGCGCUCAAGAUCGACCUCACCGAGGCUCGCGUGCAGGUACGUGUAUGUCCCCUCGUCGGGGCUGACUGGCGUCUGUGCCCGCAGGUCUGGUUCCAGAACCGCCGGGCCAAAUUCCGCAAACAGGAGCGCGCGGCCAGCGCCAAGGGCGCGGCGGGCGCGGCGGGCGCCAAAAAGGGCGAGGCGCGCUGUUCGUCCGAGGACGACGACUCCAAGGAGUCCACGUGCAGCCCCACGCCCGACAGCACCGCGUCGCUGCCGCCGCCGCCCGCGCCCGGCCUGGCCAGCCCGCGCCUGAGCCCCAGCCCGCUGCCCGCCGCCCUGGGCUCGGGGCCCGGGCCCGGGCCGGGGCCACAGCCGCUCAAGGGCGCGUUGUGGGCAGGCGUGGCGGGCGGUGGGGGCGGAGGGCCCGGCGCCGGCGCGGCCGAGCUACUUAAGGCCUGGCAGCCGGCGGAGCCGGGGCCCGGGCCCUUCUCGGGGGUUCUGUCCUCCUUUCACCGGAAGCCCGGCCCCGCCCUGAAGACCAAUCUCUUCUAG